AUGACGUCCACGCUGCAAACGCUGGGGCUCAAACUGGCCCAGCCCCCUCAGGACCUAAACCCUGAGCGGUUGGACGGCUGCGAGGAGACGGGCCGGCGCUAUAAAGUGGUUCCAUCCAUCGUGUGCUCCAUGUGUUGCCUCUUCGGCAUCAUCUACUGCUUCUUUGGGUACCGUUGUUUCAAGGCGGUGAUGUUCCUGACGGGCCUGAUGUUCGGCUCCAUCGUCAUCUUCAUGUUGUGUUAUAAGGAGCGCGUCCUGGACACCCAGCUCAGUGUUGAGGCCUCUGUGGGCAUCGGCCUUGGCAUCGGCACCCUCUGCGGCCUGGUCACCAUGCUGGUUCGCUCCGUGGGUCUCUUCAUGGUGGGUCUCCUCCUGGGCCUCUUGGUGGCUGUGGCUACCCUGGUGGGCAUGGAAGAGCUGUCGAACAGCCCCCCGAGGUCGGUCUGGGUCCCCCUAGGGGUGCUGCUCGGCCUGGGCAUGCUGUUCGCCGUUCUCACCCUCCAAUGGCAGCGUUUCUUCACCACCGUGUCCACGGCCGUGUUCGGGGCAGCGGUGAUCACCGUGGCGCUGGACUACUUUGUGGAGCUGUUUGCCCUGGUGUUGUACCUGUAUGAGAGGGUGAAAGCGGCGCCCAGAGGGAGACCGGUCUGCUGGAUCACCUGGGUGGUGCUGGGGGUGUGGCCUGUUCUGACGCUCCUGGGGGUGCUAAUACAGUGGAAGGUGACAGCAGAGGGAUACUCCCACACCAAGGUGAUAAUCAGUCGUCAGCAGCGGCGGGUCCAGCUGAUGCGUAUCCGUCAAAAGGAGGAGCGGAGGGACCGCAGCAGGAAGAAGAAGAAUAAGCAACAGAGAGACUCCACCCACAGCUCUCACCCUCCCAAACCCCUGCACCCCGAGCCCGCCUAUCGCAGGAAACCCAACCCUAUACGACGCUUUGACGGGGACGUCCUAUCGCCUAGUUACAUCCAGAGUUUCCGGGACAGGCAGGUGGAGGCUAGGCCGUAUCCUGGAGGGGGCAGACUGAUGGGGGGAGGAGGGGCUCACACCAGUGUGGAUGUGGACUAUGACUGUGGCUCCACCACGCCCCUCACUGCGGCUGCAGGCCCCUUACUACGAGUCUGA